CGACAUUCCAAGACAACCAAGCCUCUUCAAUCCAUCAAGCAUCAACUCGUCCAUCAAUCAAUAUGCAGUUCAAGGCUAUCGUUAUCGCCCUGGUUGCGGUUGGCUCUGCUGUAGCCACCCCAAUUGAUCAAGCUGCUCAGGCUCCAGACGCCACAAUGAUGCUCAACGAGGCAGCCGCCUACGCUGCAGCUCAUGUCGGCCAGGUUCCGGACUACGGUCUGAUUCAGGCCGCCAAGGAUCUCAAGGCUGCUCAAAAUGGCUACCCAUACUUCAGCCAACAAUACGAGCCAUUCCCGUGCUGCUUCGAAACCUGUUCUGCUCCAAAGCCAUGGCGCUACUGGGACUACUUCAACGCCUACUGCUACCAGAAAUGGCCAGCCAGUUACCCGGUCUGGAACCAAUUCUGCUUCAGCCCUACCAUCCAGAUCCAGACCUGCAGUGGUCUUCUCGGCUGCCUUCUCUAACUGUGAUUUGGGAACUGUGGUACUGACUAGGCUGAGGAUCCUGAAAGAAUGGUGGAGGAAAUAGUGUUGGAUGGUGACAAGAAAUGACAGAGGCUUUUCCUAUUCAUAGAGUCAGAAGGGUCGGGACUGCGAUGGAAUCCCCACCACCAUUUGUUAGCAAUCUCUAUAGUAAUUGAUAAUCGUGUCUGUCUUUCCC